AUUGAUGUUGGCAAAUAACUGCGUUAUCAUCACGAUACGUCGUAACUCACACAUACAUCUAAGACUCACGUGAUAUGAAACAUGUGAUAAUAAGUAUCUGUUACGUAAUGCUAUAUCAUUCCGCAUUUGCUCUAAAUAUUUUUCAUAUAUGUCGAGUGAUACAAAAAUGAAACAGUGGCUGGUCAUCGGUAUAUCCGGGGCGACCUGUAGCGGAAAGAGCACCUUAGCUAAUAAAAUCCGCGACAGUUUUUCAGGAUCUAUUAUGGUGCAUCAAGACGACUAUUUCUUGCCAUCGAGCGAUCCACGUCAUGUUAAGAUACAGGAGUUGAAUCAUUUGAAUUGGGACCUGAUAACGAGUCUGGAUAUGCAGAGAAUGCAUUCCGACGUUUUGAAGAUACUUCAGUCUUGUGAAAAGAAGGAUGCUAUGGCUUCGAAGAAGACGAUUUUGAUACUGGACGGUUUCUUGCUCUUCCAAAACGAAGAUAUCACGAAUCUGUGUGAUCUUAAGUAUUUUUUGACGCUGUCGAAGGAACAAUGUUGGGAGCGAAGAAAAAAUCGUACGUACGAUCCACCCGAUGUACCUGGAUACUUCGACAAGGUGGUAUGGCCUGAAUAUGUAAAAUACAAAAAUGAAGUUACCCAGAAAAGCGAGUUGCAUGAGACUGUAAAGUUUAUCGAUGGAUCCAAGAAUAUGGAAGAAAUUUAUGAGACGGUUUCCCAGGAAAUCAAUCGAUCGUUAUCUUAAAACUGUACCUCAAUACAACCGCUUUAUGUAAUAACGAUGAAAUUUUCAUUAAUUAAAUAAGUAUUAUUAAUUUAAAAUGAGAUUUUUUGUACACAUCCCGAAAAUAAAUGAAAAUUGUA